AUGAAACGUAGUCUUUUUGAGCUCCUACAAGCACCCUCACCUUACAUUAUUGGCUUACCGCGAAGCUUUCGGGACUCACGUCUUUCCUUCCACCUUCCUAAAGAUGUCCUCCUUGUCGAUUUGGAUACACAGGAGCUUUACGGUCAAGACGCUCAUGAACCCGUGCCCAAAUUACCUCCAAAUGAGGAAAGGAAACUGACCUCGCAGUUAAACAAGGUAAUAGAAGGAUUGAAUGGUCUCAAGGCUGUCGAAUCGGGAGAGGGAAAGAAGGGAAAGGAGAAUGGCAACGAGCUCACCUCCAUCGCUGAUCUCAACAUUUUCCAAUUGGAGGAUCUCAAUCUUGAUGAAGAUUUGCUAGAUUUGGCUAUCCGUAUUGCUAUG